AUUCAUCACGCCGAUAUACCAUGGAAGACAACAACAUCGAGUCGACACUACGACUGCUCGAGAAUGGAGAUGCUUCGACAGAUGCACAUCUACAACUCGUACGUGCCACGAAUUGGCAGCAAUACUCUGUCGGUCCUAUAUCAACCUGGCCUCGAGAAUUAUCAACCAUCAUUUACCUUCUGAUGGUGGCAACCCAACCCCAGUGCUUGGUGCUUGGAGAUGAAAACCUAUUGCUAUACAACCAAGCGUAUGGCAGAAUGGUCCGAGAUCUCCACCCCAAGAUCUUCGGUCAGCCCUUGGACAGCGUAGAGGAAUGGCAGAGUUGCGGAGCUCAGAUGGCCGCACACAGACGAUGUGCUGCUACCUCGCUGCCUACGCGUGCCUGUCCUUCCUUUGUCGUACCCAUGCUAAAUCAAGGCCGAUUGGAGAAUGUUCACCUACAGCUUGACAUCGCAACAUUACCACCACCAGUCAAAGGAUUUCACUUGUGCUUUGAGGAGACUACGGACUGCGACUUGCGCGAGCGUAGGCGUUCUACCGUGCGUACACUGUCCGAACUUUGGAGUUCAGCGAGUGAUCUUCCCUCGUUAUGGCGACUCAUAUUGCAAAGCCUCUCGGAGAAUCCCGAAGACUUUCCUAUAGCCGCUUUGUACUCUACCAGGACAUCUCCAGACUCAUAUUGUGAACAAGAUGGAGCUUCUGAACAAGGACUCUAUCAUCUUGAAGGUUCUGUAGGCGACUUUGACGACGACGCUUUCCCACCUACUCUCAACAUGACUACUACAGAUCCGGAUUUGGAGCCUCUCAAACAAGCCAUUGCAUCAAGAGAGCAACUCAUCAUCAAUACGUUACCAGAGAAAUGGGCCAGGGGCUCGUUACAGCGCGGCACUCGUGACAUCUGCAAAGAAGCUGCUGCCCUGCCGAGUAGCUUUACACGUCAUCAAGAUGCAGAAGCCUUGCUCGUCAUUGGCCUACCCACCAGAGCACUACUCGAUGAACCUCAUCAACAACACCUCAGGCAAGUUCAGAGUGAGUUUGCUCAUGCUGUGAAUACUUUGGUCACAACCAUAGAGGCGACAUAUCGGAGGAGAGAGAAUGCCAGGCAAAACCACUUGGAAAAGGAUCUGCUUGCCAAAGAGCUUGCCCUUCGACACAAGGAGGCAGAGAUUGCGACCACCUUGGCCGCCAAGGUUCUCACGGUGAUAGACGAGGUCGACACAGGAGAGUUGGUGCGAGCAAAUGAGUGCUAUUAUCGAUUAAGUGGAUACCCUCGAGACUGCCCGGCCCACGUCAAACACAAGUUCCUCGACCUUAUCCAUCCAGAAGACGUGGACAUGGUCUCUCGUUCAUGGCACUCCAUGAUCAAUGGUGAAUGGCAAAAGUUCGAAUUAAGGUACAUGAACGGCACUGAACACGGACAAUGGGCCCUUGUAGCCUGUCAGCCUGUCAAGGACAGCAAUGGAAUCGUCACCUCAGUCAUUGGUGCAGUCACUGAUAUCUCGACUCAAAGAAGAAGCGAGAAGAUUGCUCUCGACCGUGCCGAAGCACUGGAAAAGGCCAGAGUCAGUGAAGAGAGGUUCAAGCGAUGCAUGGAUCAUGCCCCUUUCGGUUGCAUGAUCGCCGAUAUCCAAAAAGGAGUUCAAUACGUCAACGAGACAUGGUGGGAGUUGUCACAACACACUCGUGUGCCGCUAGAUCAGAUCGACUGGAAUUCUUGUCUCCAUGAAGAUGAUCUAGAAGUUGCAGAACAGGGCUGGCGGAGGCUUUGGUACGAUGGAGACGGCGAACCCCGAGGACCUGCUGAGCUCAUGGUUACUGCACUGCCUGAACACGAUGACAGUGGGAAAAAUGCAACUCGAAGCGCGAAAGAACCAAGAGAUGUUCUACGACACAGUCUGCCACGAGAUUCGAAACCCAUUAUCAGCNNUGUCAUUCACUGCACCGACUCCAUCAACGACAAUCUCACUGAGAUGCGUAAACUGGUCAACAGCCUCGCUUCUCCAGAGAUCAAAAGUUCUUCGGUCAUGGACGAAAAGAUCAGUCAUCUUCUUGACCACAUAUCAAGCAGCAACGAAUCUGUAGAGACAAUCACUCACUGUUCCGAGCAUCAGCGGCGUCUUAUCUCGGAUAUCCUGUCACUCUCAAAGCUGGAUUCUCAGCUGCUCCAGAUCAACCCUGCACCGGUUCUUGCCACAAGUCUGCUGGAAAAUGUCCGCAACAUGUUCGAGACCGAGGCAAAAAGAGAAGGAAUUAUGUUAGAAGUUAUUGUUGAUCGUUCAAUCAACGAGAACAAGGUGGACCAAGUCAACCUGGACUCUGGAAGAACUCUCCAGGUUCUUAUAAAUUUGGUCUCCAACGCCAUCAAAUUCACCAAGAAUGAGCCGGGACCUCGUCUAAUCAAGGUUGUCAUGGGCGCUUCUAAUUUCAGGCCACUGAAUCUGCCGGUCGACUCGUUCCAUCAUCCAGAAUCGAUAUAUGACACGUCUCAUGAAGGCCAGGAAGAGUUUUAUCUAUGGUUCACUGUCACCGAUUCCGGGAGAGGUCUCUCUGCUGAGGAGAAAGCUCGCAUUUUCACCAGGUUUGCCCAAGGUUCUCGUAAGACUUAUAGCGAGUACGGUGGUUCUGGCUUGGGUUUGUUCAUCUCAAGACAGCUUGUCGAAUUGAUGAACGGGCAAAUUGGCGUUUCAGCCGAGCUUGGACGGGGAAGCACAUUCGCUUUCUUUAUUAGUGCACCUCCUGUCCAGCAACUUCUGCAGGUGGACUCGAAUUCAAGCCAUCAAUCCGAGGCCGAUUCUGCUAUACAUAUUCAGAUCACGCAAACACCGGAGCCAUGCGAAAAGACGACACUACUUGUUGUUGAAGACAAUCUCCUCAACCAGAGAGUGCUCAAAAAGCAGCUGGUCAGGCACGGUUAUGAAGUACAUGUCGCCAGCAACGGUCAAGAGGCCCUCGAUUUUCUCACAAACCCAGCCCAAGAAGUCCAGAUCGACUGCAUCUUGAUGGACGUAGUCAUGCCCGUCAUGGAUGGUCUGACUGCAGCAAGACGCAUCAGAGAAUGGGAGAAAAACACCAACCUGAUCAGCGAUAACAGCGUCUGCGGCAUCAAGUCCAGGCCACGAUUUUCUAGAGGAAGCAGUUCCACUUCCUUCAAAAGUGACUGGAGUCUAGGCAGUAGCAAUGCCGAGGACAGCAGCAGCGUGGCUUGCAGUAGAGUGCCUAUAAUCGCCAUUAGUGCCAAUGCGAGACCCGAACAGACCAACGAUGCCAUCAUGGCUGGAAUGGACGAUUCCAUAGCCAAGCCCUUCAAAGUCGUCGACCUAGUGCGCCGGGUUGACCAUUUAUUGGAGGGCUCGCGA